AUGGCGGCGGCAGGGGAGCCGGGAGCGGCGAAGUGGGAGGGGUUUGGAAAUGGAAAUGGGUUGAGGGUUUGGCCGACACUUCAUCAUCCGGCCGAGACGCCCAACCCGGCCUUCCACCCGGCCGAGACGCCCAACCCGGCCGCCACCGUCAGCGGCGCGCUCACCGUAUUCGGCGGCCGGCGCCACUGCGAGCCCUUCCUCUCACCGGCAGAGGUCGGCGAUGCGGACGCGGAGCCGUCGUUCACCGUGAUCUGGACGGCGCGGUCUCCGAGAAAGGUUAUCGCUUUCGCCUUCUCGUCGCGCGGCGAGCGGUGGCGCGCGCUCCCGUCGCUGGACUGCUUCGUCUGGAGGAGACACCGGUCGCCGUUCAGCUGCCCCAUCAACGCCGUCUGGAACCGGCGGCACUACGCGCACGGCCGCUUCUACUGGGUGGACUGCUUCCCGGCCGGCCGGUGGCUCGUGCUCGACGCCCGAACCAUGGAGCUCGCCGUCGUGGUUAUUCCGUCGCCAGCCGGCUUCUGGGAGGAGCACGUCGCCGUCGUGGAGGGCCAGGACGGAAAGGUCGGUAUGUUCGCGCACGACUUCUACCACGCCGACGGCAAAGCCAAGCUCCACUACUGCACCAUCGAGCAAGACGGCGAAGACGGUGACGCGCCACGGUGGCAGCUGCAGAAGACAAUCCCACUGCCGUGGCCGACGGCACACGGACGGCCAUUCUGCGUCAGAGGCACGGCAAAUGGAUGCUUAAUCCUUGAGGUCAGCGACGAAAAGCCGGCGUUCAUGGCAAGCUACCGCAAUAGGGACGCCGAGCUGUUUAAGAUCGACGUCAAGAACUUCCAGGUGGAGAGGAUAUGCAAGGCGCGGCGCGCCGGCGAGUGUUGCUGGCCGUACUUCGGCUUCCCGCCAUUUCUGUCCUUGCCAACUGUUUGAGCCGCAUGACUAGAGUGCUGAACAAAAUGUUUACCUGAUCUGCCAGUCUUGAGUUCGUAUGGUCUAUCUAAGCCACAUUUUGUAAUGACCUUGCCUGUACAAGUUCACAAAUGCAAUGCAUACAUUGUACAUACAGUUUACCAGUACAAAUCAA